AUGGACUAUGGGCAACAUGCUGUGAGCCACGUCGACUGGCAAGAUUGGAUAGACUUAGAAGCCGGUUCUCGUGCUGACCAACCCGGCCGUCAGCCGGAAAGAAGCGGUACGAAACCACCUCUCAGUUCAGCCAGUCUUGGGAGUCCAAGAAGAUUCUCGCUUCCAGAGGCCCCUAUACCAUUUCCCGAGGAUGCUGUCCUCGCCGAUGGUGGUCGGAUACUCGACAUUCAACGCCCACGCUCAAAUUCUUUACCUUAUUCCAGCAUUUCUUCCUUGGACGAGAAGAUACAAUUUCCAGAGGUUCGCAAUGCGAUUAUCACUCCCAGUCCGUUUGCGGCAGAAUCGAACCUCAGUGCUCUUCCUCAAGUGGCCACCCUCGUGGGCGAGCAAAUUGUGGAGGAGCCCAGCGGCGAUCUCACCUGUGAGAGAAACCCCAGUCGAGCAAGCAUUCGGAGUCUAGAAAAUUAUUAUAAAAAGAAACGAGUCAAAUUCCGAGGGAAGAAAAGGAGUAAAUUCGCCCAGAUACUCUUCCAAUACUCGAUCUAUCUUUUGCUGGGUUGCAUAAUUUAUUUUGUCUUGGUGGGAAUUCCUUUGUGGAAAGGGUCAGUCUGGUGGCUAUGGUGGGCAAUGAAAUAUAAGAUGGUUGUCAAAGGUGGCACAUCCAUCUUCAUCUCCGUCGCGUUUUUUUACGCCAUUGGCACUCUAUUUGUACGAUACGAGCCCGAUCCAACGCCGCCACGACCAGAAGAGCUUCAAGCUGUUCUAGAGAAGAACAGCAGCACGGCCCUAAUCAUCGCUUGCUACAAGUCUGCCGAGAUUAUUGGACGGACUCUCGAAGCCGCUCUGCAAAUCUUCCCACCGGAGAACAUCUUUGUGGUUGCAAACGGAAACAGCCCGACCCCAUUGGACAACACGGAGGAAGUUUGUCAACAAUACGGUGUCAAUCAUGUCUGGGUUCCUAUCGGCUCCAAAAUCGUGGCCCAGUUUGUGGGAGUCUAUGCUGCGCACAGAUCCCAGUACGUGUUGAUGAUCGAUGACGAUUGCGCCCUUCCAGCUGGGUUCCCGAUUGUGUCUGAACGAAUACAGCGCGGGAAGGGAAAGGGGCUGGUGAAGUGCGUUGGAUAUACCAUCAAAGCCGUCGGCCCGGACGGAACCAAAGGGAACAUUGUUCAGCAACUCCAGGACAUGGAAUACAAACUAUCCGGCAUGGCUAGGAAGUGGAUGGCCACCUGGGGGACUGCCACGUUCGCCCAUGGAGCCAUUGCGUUGUGGGAUCGCGACUUCAUCCUUAAGUGUUUUCGACACCACCCAGGCUUCAAAAUCUCAGAAGACUGGUUCUUCGGACUGACCUGCCGCACUCUUGGGGGAAGGAUCGUCAUGUGUUCUUCGGUUCUUGUCGAAACCGAAGUCCCUUCGGGUCUUUUUAUCGGCGGGGGUGCACGAGGGGGGUUUGGUGAGAUGACGGUUUACAAACAACGUUUCUUUCGGUGGAACUUUUUCUUUCUUUUUCGCAAUUGGCACACUAUAAAGCAUAUACUCUUCGACUGGAACUUGGGAAUUUACUCAAUUGGGGACAAGGUAUACACCUUCCAAGAGAUUUACACAACGCUGCUUUACGUCAUAGGUCCUAUCCUUCUUGUACUAUCGUUUAUGAUCGAGCCAGAGUUUACCGCCAUAAUAACUGGUGCCAUGCUUGGAAUGUAUUUUUCUAUCGCCAUGAUUUUCAACGAGGUGAUCUUACGAAAAAAGGGAGAGAUGGUCUCUCGAAAAGUUGUCAUUUUGUACUAUAUGCCUUAUAAAAUGGUGCUCCGGUUGAUGAACAUUGUUUCAGUGUACUAUUCAGCGUUUACUUAUGCUAAAUAUUUUGCGGUUCGUCACCUGUCAAUCAUCGAGGAUGAACAGGUUAUCGAGCUGGUGAUACAUUCCAAACCCACGGUUUCGCAGGGAACUUCAACAAGUGUUGGUGAAUCAAGAAAUCCGGCCCCGGAAGGUGUUGAUGCCCAAGACUGGUCUUCGGACCCAUUUACCUUCUCGCCUGAGAGGGACUCCCACAUGAAUAAUGACUCCUGA